AUGCAAUACAGAUUGGACAAAGAAGGGAUUAAUUAUUUAGAAAGAAUUUUGCAAAACAAGAUUACUCCCCUGGCAAGAAGGAAUAAUAGCCUGUCUGUGAGAGACAAAAUUUUGAUUACUUUAAGAUAUUUGGCUACGGGACCGAUUCAGCUAAACGAUGCUGAUAUUCAUGGGGUUAGUCAACCAACUGUAAGCAGAGUCAUCAAUGAAGUAAUAUCUGCAUUAAGCAGUCCAGACAUUGUUAGUAGUUUUAUUCAGUUUCCAAUAGAUCCAGAUCAACUGAGGAAAAAUCAACAGGAAUUUUAUGGUUUGGCAAGGUUUCCUAAAGUAGUUGGAGUUAUAGACUGCACUCAUGUAAGAGUAAGGGCACCUUCAAUGAAUGAGGAGCAGUAUGUGAACAGAAAGGGUUUUCAUUCCCUUAAUGUGCAGCUUGUCUUUGACCCUUUUGACCGCAUCAUAGAUGUUGUGUCAAAAUGGCCUGGUUCUGUACACGACAGUAGAAUUCUGCAGCAAAGUGGUCUCUUCACUAUAUUUGAAGGUGGACAUAUGCCUGCUGGACAAUACUACCUUCUAGGAGACUCAGGCUACCCAUCUAAGAGAUGGCUUCUUACACCUUUCCUUAAUCCACAGCCUGGUAGUGAAAGUUCAUAUAACAGAAGUCAUAAAAUUACAAGAGCCAAGGUCGAACGUGGUAUAGGACAGUUGAAGAGGAGAUUCAGUGUGUUGCAUGGAGAAAUUGCAUUUUCACCUGAAAAAGUUUGCAAGGUAGUCCUUGCAUGUGCUGUGUGUCACAAUAUCUGUAAGAAGCUUAACAUCCAGAUGCCAUCACAAGAUGAUACAAAUGAUGAUAAUGAUGAUGACACUUCCCCUCAAGAUUUUACAUGUAAUGGGAACCAUGCUGCUUUUCUCAAUGGUUUGAGAUUCAGGGAUUAUGUAGUACACACAUACUUUUAAACUUCUGUCUUGUGUGUUUACAUUCUGGACACUGGCACUUAAUGCAGGAAAUUGAUGUCAUGCUUCGUUUGGUUGUUGUAUGUAGUGGAACCUCUAACAAUUCAUUACUGUCAGUAAAGUUGUCAGGAAACACAAAUUCU